CAGUCAUGUCCUCACCGCACUCAACGACGUAGAUUCAAUUUUCCAUCAACUUCAACUACCAACUAAACGCGACACGCGACACGUGCAUUCGCUAUUCUUCUCGGAAUUAUCUUGUUCCUAAGACAUACCAUUGCGUUAGUUUAUCUCGUAGGAAAGAUCUAAUAGGCACUCAACCAAUAAUUCUCACAAUCCGUUGGGCCGCAAAUUUUGUGUUUAAGUGUUUAUUCUACACAUCAGAAUGAAGUUUUGCUCCAUCAUUUUGCUGUUGUCUGCCUUCUUCGGCCAGUAUGUCAUCUGUUCUUGGCCGUCGUUUAGCCGAUGUCCUGCGGUACGGUUAGUCAACGGCAAAGUGCGUAUUAGGGCGAGAGGUCGGAUUAUGAGGUUCGACUGUUUUGAUGGAUACAUCCUCGUGGGCAACAGAUACGCCUCAUGUAUACAUGGCAAAUGGGACACACCUGUUCCCGUGUGCGUGAGCACGAGAUGCACUCCACCGCCGACACCGCCUCACACAUUCGUGGCCUCAAAAUUGGACGGCGGGAUAUUGAUGUUCUUUUGCGAACCUGGUUACAGUUUAGUUGGCUCAGUUGAGAUAUACUGUGACGGCCGCAAUUGGAAUGGAACGACUCCUUCUUGUCGAGACUCGACCGUACCCCCGCCGACGAAGUGCGACUUCGAGAAUGUAGAUCUUUGUAUGUGGGAGCCGGACCCACAUCAAGAUUUCGACUGGAGACGCCACAAUUUCGCGACGUCGAGAUCGUUCAUCAACACAGGUCCAACAUAUGAUCAUACUUUUGGAGCUGGAAACGACGGCCAUUAUCUUUAUACCGAAGCAUCCGGGCAACUGGUGAACGAUACGGCAAGAAUCAUAUCUCCUCUAUUCAAUUCUUCCCUGACCGAGUCGGGAUGUUUUUCGUUCUGGUAUCACAUGUAUGGUAUUACAAUUGGUACAUUAAAUAUAUAUUUUAAGUAUGAGACGAUUAGUACGUGGACACUAAUGUUUAGUAAAAACGGAAAUCAGGGGAAUCAAUGGUUACAAGGUAUCUUCGAUCUGCCGAAAAGUAAUGUUAGCUUUCAGAUUAUUAUAGAGGGUGUACGAGGUUUGAGCUACGUGAGCGACAUCGCGAUAGAUGACGUGGCUAUUUUACAAGGGGAUGAUUGUAUCGUUAAAAACAACUCUACCAAUGCAACUGUGAGCAACGAUGAUCAAGUCGAGAUAGUCAACGCGCAACAAACCUGCCGAGGUAGAUGUGUGUAUUCCAUGGCAGAGAUCGUUACCACCCCCAAAUUCAGGCCGGAAAAUUGUUAUUGUACGUUUGAUUGUGCGGAACGUUCGAUUUGUUGCCCGGAUUACGAAGAAUACUGUACUGCAGUAUUCAGUUUCACUGAGACGACGGCUACAUCGACCUACGAAACCAAACAGAUGAUUUCCACGACUCGGCAGGUGACUCUGAGACCAUACAAUGCAAAUAGUACGAAUACUACGACCCACCCACCAAUGCGUGAUCCGAUCUAUAUCAAUCCAAAGGAUUACAUCGAUCCAGCCAUGUCGAACUCAUCGUCGACGACCACACGAAAACCUAUUGUGACCAUGACAACACCGAACAAGCGUGCAACUACAAAACCGCCGAAACGGACAACGACGUCAACGACCGUUAGACGAAAUCAGACGGGAACGAGGGAAACGACCUUCGCAUCCAGGACUUUGACAACAAAAUACAUGGAACUUCAGGAUCGAUCUGAACUGCACAGUGAAGAACAGAAUCCGGAGAAGGUGAAGCACGACAGCAGAUUCGAUCCGCUAGUCGUUAGCAUAGUGAGCGCAACUGUGAUCGUGUUCUCUUUGACGCUCAUGAUCACUAUCGUUGUCAUCAGGAGGAGAAAGACUUACAAGAGAGGAAACGGCUCGGCGCUCUCGGAGGACAGCGAUAUGCAUCGCACCGUCGUCAUCAUUGCCAUCACCGUCUGCUGUUUUCUCACAUUGAGGGCCGCGGCGGAAGAGAACGUGCAAAACCAACAACCGCUGGACCUCGGAAGCGUGACUGUUGAGGAUCAAGUAAAUGGCGGCGCGGUGCACACCAGGGAAAAGCGAACGUUGUUCUUGAAGAAGAAAUUACUCGGCGCUGGUCUUCUCGGCUUCGGUCUCGGCGUUGCGAAAGGUUACAAAGCCGGUUACUAUGGCGCACCGGAAGUACAUCACGUGUACCUUUCCCCUCCGGUGAAGUACGUGGAAUACGUCGAGAAGCCGGUUUACAUCGAAAGGAUCGUCCCAAAACCCAUUUACGGACCACCACCGCUUAAGGAAUACGCGCCAGCUUGGUCGCAGCCAGAUCCGUCGCCCUCCUAUGGGUAA